CGCACGCAAAAUUUAGUUUCGCGCAUCCUCUACCACCACCGUUUUAUCUAUUGACUGCUAAAUUGCAUCGUUUGCAGCAAGCACGCAGUGGUGUCGCAGUCUGUUUUCCAUAAGGACGUGCAUACUAUGAAAGAAUUCCUUUGUGUCUAACAGUCACCUGCAGUGCAGCUUUCAAUAUGGUUGCAUUUGCUGUUUUCAUUUUGUGUUUUGGUGCAACACUUUGCUCCGAAACAGUGAAGUACGCCGCAAUUAUUUAUAGACACGGUGAUAGAACUCCUACUGAUACUUAUCCUACUGAUCCAUGGCGCAACGAGUCCCUUUGGCCGGUGAAGUUUGGCGAGCUGACGAACAUUGGGAAAAGCCAGCAUUAUGCUCUUGGAAAGUGGCUGCGGCAGCGUUAUUCGCAUCUGCUGUCACCUCAAUUUGAUCCUACAGAAAUUUAUGUCAGAUCUACUGAUGUAGACCGGACUCUUAUGUCAGCACAAGCGAAUCUUGCAGGACUGUACCCUCCUACUGGAAAAUCUAUCUGGGACAAAGACCUGAUGUGGCAACCAAUACCUGUGCAUACAGUGCCUGAGCGAGAAGACGAGUUGCUGGCCAUGAAGAAACCUUGUCUGGCUUUUGACAAAGAAAAAGAAAAAUACAUUCACUCCAAAGCUUACGUGGAAAAACUUAAAAGCUAUGCUCCGCUUAUGAACUAUCUGUCGAAGAACACUGGAUUGAAAAUCAGGUCAUACUAUGAUGUCGUUGACAUUUACAGCAUUUUGUACAUUGAGCAGCUGUAUAACUUCACAUUGCCGGAGUGGACUAAAUCUGUUUUCCCGGUUAAGAUGGCAGAUCCUGCUGGUUACAGUUUCACUGAAUUCACUGCAACUCCAUUAAUGGCACGACUAAAGAUUGGACCUAUCAUGAAGGAGAUUGUCACUAACAUGUUUACUGUAAUGUCCGAGAAAAGAUCCAAAAACCUACGUGUUUCCAUGUAUAGUGGUCAUGAUUUGACAGUCGGCAGUAUUCUUAAUGGACUCGGCCUAUUCGAUGGAGUAUGCCCUGUUUAUACCUCCACAGUAUUUAUAGAACUUCUUUACGAGAAUACGACAAAGACGCAUUCUGUAAUGAUUUCUUACCGAAAUUCAUCAGACAUUGUCGAGCCUUAUGUACUUAAUAUCCCCCACUGUGGAGAAAAAUGUCCCGUGUCAAAGUUCGUCAAGCUGUAUGAACACCUGCUGUCCGUAAACUGGGAAUAUGAAUGUAACAAACAAUUUCCACCACUCCUCGGGAUGUCUUUCUUCAUUGGCCUUGGACUUUUCGUGAUCAUCUACGUAGCUCAUAAGAUGCACUUUGCGCGUGUCACCAGGCAAUAUGGAUUAAACUCGGGUUACGCAAACGUUGAAACCGUAACAGUAGCUCCUACCAAGCCUGACGAUUAAAUAUCCAAUUGUUUAAUUUAUUGAUCUCUUUAUGCCAAUGCUCACCAGUAGGUGUUUUAUUGUUCAAGCAGGUCAACCCACCUCAAUAUAACGAUUAACACUCCGUUUUUUAAUAUUAUGUCCUUAACAUAAGGUGCAAAUUCGAUUGAUGUGAAUCGAUAUUUUGUGGUGGGUUGAUGUGCUGGUCCAGACGGCUCUAACAAAAUGACUCAGAAAAUUACUUAGAAAUGUAUUCAAUAAAACUCAAAAUAGUCAUAGAAUAAUUACAAUAGACUUGACAUUAUUAAUAUUUCUUAAUAAAUAUCUCAUAGCAUGUUUCAAGAUUUCCAUAACCUGUAAUUGCAAUUUGUAAUUCGAUUCUAAGAUUCCAGAUGGCCAUUUGAGGCUUUUAGAGAAUUGUACUGUAUUACUUUACUUAUUAUACCUAUAAAAUAUUAGCUCAAUUUACAAAUGUAUGUUUAAGAUAUUCACUUCAAUUUUAUGAAUUUUUGGCCGUGUACUUUAUACACCGGGAAAAGGGUAUGACCUCGUAGUAAGAGGGUCUAUGUUUCGUCCAAGGGCUAUUAAGCUAGUGUCCCUUAAGGUUUUCAAGUGCAACUAGCAAAGCCCUCGCUAUAAUUUUAGGUGACUUACUGUGUAUUUUUUUUACUACUCCAAAGUUAUAUUUUCUAUCGCCGAUUAUUUUUUUAUUGAUCUAAAAGUGUGAAUGCACUUGAAAAACUCAACCAGUGUCUCUGUAGCUCAAUGGAAGAGCAGUUGUCUUGCAAGCCAAACGUUAUGGGUUCCAUCCCCAUAGAGACAGAUAUUACUUUCCAGUGGUUUAUCGUGUUCUAAACAUAGUCACAAUUUAUAUUAAUAUUUAUGUAAAUGUUUUGACUUUUGGUACUGAUUUUUCGUAGAUAUCUUAUUUUUAACGUACAAUAUUAUAAUUUUACUAUAAAAAAAACUAAGCUCUAAAUAAACAUAUCUUUGAUUUCGAAACUUUUUUGAACAGUUGUACCUAAUAGAGGUAUUUACGGUAUA